CCAGGCCGGGGAGGCUGCCUUGCCUAGCGAGAGAAAGGAAAAGGAAGGGGAAAGCGGGCAGGAGAGAGAGCCACCGACUCCGGGGAUCAGCUGUGCAGCUCGCCUCGGGGGGAGAGAAGGGAUAAAAAGCAGAAGAGGAGAAUGAGCCGCCCCCCCACCAACCGGCGCAAGGGUUUUCGCUGAGGCCUAGAUGAAGCAGAAGAAGUGGACAGUCAGCAUCCAGCUCGCCCCUGGGGCACCCACAGACAGGAGAAACACGAGGCCACGAGGGCUGGAUUGGACCACGGCUUCAGUUCAGCUUUGUGGAAUGCAGUGCUCUGGCUGGGCCCGCUGAGAGAAUUUGGGCUGUGGGAACGUGGUGACUUCUGGAAGUGAUACCAUCCGUGGAACUCUAUUUUUUUUAAAGAAAUUUUACCGUAUUUACAGCCGAGCUCUUGGCUCUCCCCCACCAGUGCCUGAAUGGCCUCCUGUCCUAGUCGACGCAGCUGCUCCGCCUCUGUUGCCUGAGGCUUCUCCCUGACCUGUAAGACAUUGCCAUUCUCGAGGUCCCCCCCUUCCCUGGGACAGCUGGGGCAUUGGGCCCCUCCACCCGCCUCCCCCACGGCGUUGCACCCCACAGAACGCUCUCCCUCGGGGCGCUUGGGCCCCUCCCCUUUGGAGCAUUGCUCCACCCCUGCUGCUCCACCGACGGCCUCUGCCAGGGCACCGCCCCCUACUGGCAGGGCCAUGAAGCUGCAGGCGGUCAUGGAGAACUUGCAGCGGCAGCAGCGUGCCCGGCUGCAGCAGGAGAUGGAGGCCCGGCAGCAGCAGCAGCAGCAGCAGGACCAGCUGCGGGCUACCCUUCCAGUGCUGGGCCAGGGCUCCGCUCCGCCUGCCUCAGGAGCUUCCGCCUUGUCCCGUGGCCACAAUCAGGAGCCUCCCCCUUCGGAGGAGUCAGGGGAACUGGAGAGCGUUCGGAUCCAGAGGGCCCAGAUGGCAGCUCUGGCUGCGAUGCGGGCAGCUGCUGCCGGCCUCAGCCAGUCAUCCAGUCCGGUUGUCUCGGAGGAGAGCAGGUCCUCAGAAGACGAGGAAGAGGAGGAGCGUGGGGAGGAAGAAGACGGCGAGUACCCGAGGGAAAUGGGCUCUGAGGAAGAGGAGGAGGUGAAAGGCAAAUGGGUCGAUGACGAUUUUGAAGAAGACCUGGGCGAGGAGGACGAAGAGGAGGAGGAUGAAGACUAUGAAGAGGAUGAAGAAAUGGCAGAGGAAGGACUGUGCUCCGGAGAAGCGGCCCGCUCCAGCCCAGGCGCUGUGCUUCUCCGGAAACAGCAGCCCCCACAACAGUACCGGGGGGAGGCUUCGAGGCUGUCAGGGGCUCCAGAGCGGCUUGCUUCCGGGGCUGUCCCCCCAGGCCACGUUCAGCAGCAGCCCCAAGCCCCAGAUCACGGAGACUGGACUUACGAGGAACAGUUUAAGCAGCUAUAUGAACUUGACGGGGAUCCCAAAAGAAAAGAGUUCCUGGAUGACCUCUUCAGCUUCAUGCAGAAGCGAGGGACCCCUGUGAACCGCAUCCCCAUUAUGGCCAAACAAGUUCUGGACCUGUACAUGCUCUACGUCCUGGUGACGGAGAAGGGGGGGCUGGUGGAAGUGAUCAACAAGAAGCUGUGGCGAGAGAUCACCAAAGGCCUGAACCUGCCCACCUCCAUCACCAGCGCCGCCUUCACCCUGCGCACCCAGUAUAUGAAGUACUUAUAUCCCUACGAGUGUGAGAAGCGAGGGCUGAGCAACCCCAAUGAACUUCAGGCCGCCAUCGACAGCAAUCGGCGCGAGGGCCGCCGUCAGGGCUUCUGUGGCUCCAUCUUCACUUACUCUCCCAGCGGCACCCCCGGCAUGCUCUCCUCCCCCAAGCUUCAAGUUCCUGCCCUGGGAAUGGCCUCGGCCACCAACGGCAACCCUGUUACCCCCACUACAAAAAUCAAGAAAGAGGAAGAUUCUUCCAUCCCAAUCACGGUGCCCAGCCGCCUGCCCGUCUCCCUUGCAGGCCACCCUGUCGUGGCAGCUCAGGCUGCCGCUGUCCAAGCGGCAGCAGCCCAGGCCGCAGUGGCAGCCCAGGCCGCUGCACUGGAGCAGCUGCGAGAGAAGCUGGAGUCGGGGGAGCCCCCAGAGAAGAAGAUGGCGCUUGCAUCAGACGAGCAGCAGCGGCUGAUGCAGCGAGCGAUCCAACAGAACCUCCUCGCGAUGACAGCUCAGUUGCCCAUGAGCAUCCGGAUCAACAGCCGAGGGACUCGCUCGCCAGAAAACCGCCAAGAUUCUGCCGUGAACCUGGCCCCCAAUGGCACCAACAGUAUCAGCAUGUCCGUCGAGAUCAACGGUAUCGUUUAUACAGGUGUGUUGUUUGCCCAGGCUCCCAGCACAGCGUCCUCUUCUCUCAGCAAAGGGAAUGCCAACAGCGGGCAGAGUGCUGGUGGCGGGAGCACCCCAAGCAGCGGAGCAGCGGCCGCUUCGCAGGCUGGCUCGGCUGCUCCACCGACGUCUACCUCAACCAACUCCACUUCGCCUUAAAGCCCUGCAGCCUUUUCCCCUCCGUCCCGCCAAGGUGUAGGCCCAGGUCAGAUGAUUCACCGCCCCUUACCUGCUCGCUGUACUUUUGGGCGGUGGGGAGCACCUACUUUUCUCUGUUGCCUCCCAGCAUGUCCAGACAGAGGUAUAUUUGAAUGCGGCACACCAACAUGAUAUUCAGCGUCUGGAAGCCCAGCCCCUGGGCAUGCAUUGAGCUCAUGCAAUUCAGGCUUCUGCGUGCUGAGCAUUGUGCACUAAUCAAACGUGCCCUACAGAUGUGGACAUCCAGAAGUGGCAAGCAGGGCAGAAAGGUGUGAUCCUGCAACCCCCAGCUGUGUGUCAGCAGUGAGUAGGGGGCGGCAUCGUCUGCACCGGGCCAAAGUGAGAUCAGAGUUGCUUCUUCUACAGCUGAUACCAAAUAUAAAUCAAACUCAACAUUUGCUUUUCUGCUGGCGGAGGGGGGUGGAAACGAGGGCUCGUGUUUUUUCCACCCUCUUUUCCUUUUUGUGCUGAAUGUUUUUGUGUUAAAUGAAUAUAUUGAAAGGAAAAAAUGAGGCGGUUUUACUGGGGAGGGGAGAAACGGAGGGCAUGUUGUUGAAACUCUGAGCCACAUGGUCACUGUGCGAUUUGAUGCAAUGCGUUGUCAAUCCACAACUCUUUUACCUCAUGCAAACCCAAGCUUUGCACUCUCUCUCUCUCUCUCUCUCUCUUUUAAAAUAUAUUAUUAUAUAUUUUUUGAAUAUCUUCAGACGGAAACAAUCACUCCGCAGACGUACAUCGUUGUUGUUUUUAAAGAGAAUGAAAUCCCCAGCCUCGUUUUACUAAUAGAUCAUAUAGUGUGUAUAUUAUGAAACCAUAAUAUACAGACGGGGAGAGGGAGGAGAGCAUUAUUCAUUUUAAAUUCCCCCUCCCCCUCCUUAAAAGCAACCCCCCCAAAGUAUCUAUGGAGCUUUAAAGAGUUUUUCCUUUCUCUUUUUGUAAAUAAACUUUAGUUUUGAAAGGCAGUGCAAAAAAGAAAAAUAUCAGACCCUAGAAAUAAACAAAUCUCUAUUUUUAGUAUUCGCUCAGAGAAGACAAUUCUAAAUUCUUUUUGUUUGCUGCUUGGGGG